GGGCUUGGCGUCAGCGAGGAGACCUUCGGCUCCUCGGCUUAGUUCGGGCUCAGACUCGGAGCUCCGAGCGGUUCUGUCACAGCUAGGCGACCACCGGAGAGACAGCUGCGCCCGCGGGGCCCCGCGGUGAGGAGAAGGCGGAGAAACGCAGGGUAUGAGCCGCCACAGCCCGGCUGGUGGGCUGGAGGGUGGGAUGACCAUGAUGAUCGGGAGGGAGUGGUGGCUGCACGUGGCGCUGCUGUGCGUUCCCCUGCUGGCCGUCUACCUGCACAUCCCUCAGCCUCAGCUCUCCCCAGCCCUGCACACCUGGCGCUCCUCUGGACGCUUCUUCAGCUUCCGGGGGAACAACAUCUUCUACAAAGAUUCGUUUGGUGCUGUGGGGAGCUCUGAUGUGGUGGUCCUCCUUCAUGGUUUUCCCACCUCAGGCUAUGAUUGGCACAAGGUCUGGGAGCCUCUGAAUCAGCGCUUUAACAGAGUCAUUGCGCUUGACUUCCUUGGCUUUGGCUUCUCUGAUAAGCCGAGGCCGCAUCAGUAUUCAAUCUUUGAGCAGGCGAGUGCGGUAGAGGCCUUGAUCACUCAUCUGGGCCUCGCUGAUCAGAAGGUCAACCUCCUCUCACAUGAUUAUGGAGAUACAGUAGCACUGGAGCUGCUUUACAGGAGUGACCACAAUCGAACUGGACAUCUGGCCAUAAACAGCCUCUGCCUUUCAAAUGGAGGUAUAUUCCCAGAGACACAUUACCCAAGGUUGAUGCAAAAGAUCCUGAAGAACUCCGGCUUCAUUUCUCCUCUACUUACACGUCUUAUAACCUUCCAUCUCUUUUCUAGAGGGAUUGGCGAUGUGUUUGGUCCAUAUACCCAACCGACUGAAGCCGAGUACUGGGACAUGUGGACAGGCGUUCGCUUUAACGAUGGAAACUUGGUCAUGGACAGUAUAUUGCAAUAUAUAAACCAAAGACUGAAGCACAGAGACAGAUGGGUGGGAGCACUUACCUCUACUUCAACCCCAUUGCAUAUGAUCUACGGACCUCUAGAUCCAGUUAACCCCCACCCCCAGUUCAUUCAUCUCUACCAAAAACUGGUUCGGAGGUCGACCGUGUCGAUUCUGGAUGAGCACAUCAGCCAUUACCCACAGCUUGAGGACCCUACAGGCUUCAUGAACGCCUACCUCAACUUCAUCAACUCUUUCUGAGCGGUUCUGUCGCGUUGGCGUCGCACACGGGCUCGUUGAAGCAGAUGCUCGGAGAAAUCCUGGCCGGGGGACAUGGCUGAAUUACGGAUCACCUGUAUGGAUCUCUUGGGCGGAGAGACUUAACAGGAUUUUUUCAGUAUUUGUUGAAUUUCUUGAUUUGAAGCUCAACAAAACAAAGCCUUUUAUAGAAGCGAUGUUAAUGUUGACGUCUGGAAUGGCAGCAGCUCCUGUAGUUUAUUCAGCAGAUGCCGUGAGUUGACCUGUGAUCAGUUUCUUUAUUGUUAAAUUUGCCACUAAUGGCCAUCUGACUUUUUUAGUGAUCACGAGACAGUGUCUAUAUUGUUUACAAACAGUGGCAAACACAAUAGGGCUAAACACGUUGGGGGAAAAGUUGUGAUUUUUCUGACCAGAAUUGUGACUAAUAUUAAAAUUGAAAUGAAUUUCUAUAAACUGA